CAACAAUAGUGCAGUAAUGUGUACACAAGAGACCAUAAAGUCGGAUAUAAGAAGCGAAGUAGCUCUGUGGAGUUACUGUGUCGCGACAAUGUUGAAGGUACUGGUUUUUGCCGUUUGUGUGGCGUCCUUCAAUGUGGCAAUCGCAUGUCACGAUUGUGCGCCAACCUGCACUGAAAAUGAAGUAUAUUCUUCUUGUAUAAAUGGUGGAUGUGGCCCUAAGAAAUGUAGUGAUUUAAACAAGCCAGUCGUCUGCAUAGAUCCUGCAGAAUGUGAUUGUAUAAAGGGAUGCAUUUGUAAAAAGGGUUACUUGAGAGCCAAAAAUGGAAUUUGCAUACCAAAAGAAAAAUGCCCAGAAUAUUGUCCGGGACCAAAUGAAUACUACGAGCCAUGCAUUCACAAUUGCGAAAGCCAGAAUUGCUCCGACAGAGGCAAGAUCCACCAUUGCCCCAACAUAAAGCCGGGACACUGCGAUUCGUCCGGUUGUCGUUGCAAGAAAGGUUACCUUAGAAACGAUAAAGGCAUUUGCGUUCUAGAAAAGGACUGCCCUCGUCCUAAAUGUCCUUCUGGAGAAGUUUGGGAUGAGUGCCCCACCGUCCCGUGUGAAGGGGACUGCUGCCCCAAAACCAGAGAUUCGCCACAAACUUGUCCCAUUGGAAUUGUGUGUGAUAAACCACGAUGCGUGUGCGGCUACAAUAGGAAACGAGAUAAGAACGGCCAUUGUAUCCUAAUACCUGACUGUCCACCAUUUAAAUGCGGGAAAAAUGAAGUAUACGUGCCUUGUCCAUCAAAUUGCCCGGGGGAGAAAUGUAGCGACUUCACUUACCCUACGAAGUGUUCACCACACAAAAUCGGCAUUAAAGUCAAUUGUAGACCAGCGUGCAAAUGUAAGAAGGACUACUAUAGAGAUGAGAAAGGAAAUUGCAUUCCAUCUUGUGAAUGUCCUCCUGCCACUACCAGUACCACGACGACAACGCGGAAACCCACAACUCCCUGCGACUAGUAUCACCGUGUCGUGAUCUCGCGUUCAGGCCACCUCUCGGCAAUUUCUAAACUGUUUUUUUUUCUUGUUUUCAGUAGCUUUGUUAAAAAUCUAGAAUUGUUUGAAGUAAGUUCCAAAAAUAAAAUUUAAAUAUAUAAUGUUGGCCGAAAA